UGCUCUGAACAGCUGGCAGAGAGACACCUUGAUUGAUGUAAACAAACAAUCCACGUGGUUGUCAUGGCAUCGCGAGCAGUGGAGAAUGUUUUCUUUGCAUUUCUCCUGUCCGAAGAAGAAGCUGCCAAUAACAGAGCUCAGGCAACAUUGCAUCACCUCAGACAGUUCGAGGACAACGUAAGGUUUCUGAAAACAUCCAGACCACAACAGGUAGAUACUACUGCUCAUAAGUAUGAACACAAAGCAGUUGUCAAGAGGGAGCCAACAGCAGCAAAAAGACGCAGAAAAGGUGGAAGGUGUGCUGAGGACUACCUUCAGAAAGGUGGGAUGAUGGCAUUCUACAAUCUCAGUGACUUUAACACUCAUUUUGGCAUGACUCGCACCCAGGUAGAGGGACUGCUCAAUGAACUUCAGCCUCAUUACCCAUAUGAAAGAGGGUCCAAGCUGCCUCUAGAAAAUGUUGUGUUAGCUAGUUUACGAGUGUUAUCCAGUCAGGAAUCUUAUGGAAUGAUUGCCGAGAGAUUUCAGACCAGCAAGUCUGUUAUUUGCACUUCACUGCAUACAUUUUGCAGUCUUGUCUCUGGUAAUCUUGAAAACCAUAUCAGAUGGCCCAUUGGCAAUGCCAUAAGAGGAACCAUGCAAGGGUUUGAAGACGUUGGUUUUCCAGGGACACUUGGUGCUAUGGAUGCCUUUCACAUUCCAAUUAACAAGCCUAAAGAUGUUCAGGAACCAGAUGAAUACAUGAAGGAAAAUACCAUGUAUUGCACUACACUGUUAGCAGUUUGUGACAAUAAGUACAAAUUUACAUAUGUCAAUGUUGGACACCCUGGAGCCUUUGACGACUCUGACGUGUUCAAGAGGUGUGAGCUGCACAAAGCAUUUCAAGAGGAUCCUGAUUCUCUACUACCUUAUGACUUCCACAUAGGAGGCAAGGUGUAUCCUUUCCAUAUCAUAGCUGAUGCUGGGUUCCCUCUGUCUGAGUAUGUGAUGACCCCAUAUGUAGAUGAUGGUCAUUUGAAGCACAAAGAGAUUGAGUACAAUAGGCAUCACUCAUCUGCCUUGUUGACAGUUUCUAAAGCGGUGGGUGUAUUGAAGGCAAGGUACAAUCGCUUAAAAUUACUUCAGAUGCAGCAUCUUGCUCAGUGUAGUAUUGCUAUCAAAGCUUGUUGUAUUCUUCAUAACAUUUGUGUUCAAAAUAGUGAUGCAGAGACCUUUGGUGUUGAUGAAGUGCCUCCUCUCAUCACUACUCCUCAUGUCCAUUUUGAAUCAAAUGUUGCUGGAGAAAGUAAACGCAGUAUUAUUGCAGAUUCUCUCUUGGAGUAACCAUGCCAGGAAUUAAACAUAGAUCACUAUACAUAUCCUGUAUUAUAUUUUGUACAUAUUAUUCUUUCAAAUGGAUGCAGAUAACACUGCACCUCUACAUUCAUAUUUUUAGGUAUGCCAGUGACAGGCACCUAAAUUAUAUUCUUCUAUAUUGUACAAUUAUAUUCAAAUAAUAAUAAUAAUAUAAUUUCACAUAUUUA